AUGACAAGCGGUCCGGUCCGGUCCGGUCCGCCUGAACGAGCAGCAGAUUGGAGCGGCCGGCUGUCGGGGCGGCGGCGCUCGUCGCAGCAGUCGCCCGCCGCGCUGCUCGCUAACUUCGACACCACGGUGCAGCAGAAUGCUUUACAAUCCAUAGUUAGGAAUGGCGGUAUUAGGUCGCGCGGCGUGCCGGGGUCUGGUCGCGGCGUGCCGGGGCCUGGUCGCGGCGCGCCCCACUAUUGCUCACCGAGUUAUAUUCCUGAGAAUUUAUCUGAGAAUAUACGCGCUCGCGUCACGCACGCCAAGAUGCUGUUCAAUGAGAGAACAUUCUCCUCAAAGUGUCUGUUGAUGCGGCUGUACUGGGCGCUGCAGUACGAGUCGGCAGGUUUACGGCACCGCCGACACUACCGAGUUAUUGCACACUUUACGAGUGGCGCACGAGGCUGCCGAGCCCUACAGAUCCGCGACUGGGUGUCUGUGGAGGUGGACAUGCUCCGCACGCAGUCAGUCGCCGUCGGCGAUGUGGACGAGAUCCUGCAGCAGCUCGACAAGCAGAAGGUCAGUGCCACCGUCACUGUGAUACUCUAUGCAGGGAACUACCUCUAG